AUGGAAGGCCCAGAUGGGCUGGGACCUUGCUUUCCUGACAGCCCCAAGCCCCAGGAGAUUUCCUUCAUAGCCAUCGCUGGGCACCAGUGCAGUGGCCAAGAAGGCCACCAGCAUCCUGACUUGGAUCAGCCAUGGGGUGGCCAGCAGGAGCAGGGACGGGAUCGUCCCCCUGGACUUGGUGCUGGUGAGGCCACACCUCAAACCCUUGGUUCAGUUUUGGGCCCCUCACUCCAAGAAGGACAAUGAGGGGCUGAAGCGUGUCUGGAGAAGGGAACAGAGCUGGUAAGGAACUGGAGAAAAGGGGUUGUGGAAGCAGCUGAGGGCCCUGGGGCUGUUUAGUUUGGAGAAGAGGAGGUUGAGGGGAGACCUCAUUGCUCUCUGCAGCCCCUGGAAAGGUUGGAGCCAGGUCAGGGCUGGGCUCUGCUCCCAAGGAAUAAAUGAUGGGAUGAGAAGAAACGGCCUCAAGUUGCAUCAGAAAGGUUUAGCUUGGAUAUGGGGAAAAAUUCCACCCCCCUCCCUCUGGGGGCUGCCGGGACCCCUUUAGAACCUUGCAGGACCCCCAGAGGAUGCCCAGGAUCCCUCCCAAGCCCCCGGCACCCAGCAAGAGACGCCCAGCACCGUCUGUAGCACUCCAGGAGUCCUCCAAGAGCCCAAGAACCCCUUGAGGGACCCCCAAGAGCUCUCUCGAGCUCCCCAGGAUCCCUCCAGGGACCCGAAGGACCCCUCGAGGAUCCCAGGACCCAUAAAGCCAUCCAGGACCUUUCUAGGAUCCCUGGGACCCUUCUAGGGACCGCCAGGAUCCUUCUGGAGCCCCCCGGGACCCCUCUAAAACCCCCAGGACUCCUCCAGAGCCCUCUGGGACCCCUCUGGAGCCCCCCAGGAUCAUUCCAACACUCCCACAACCCCUCCAGAGCCCUCUGAGACCCCUUUCAGACCCCCUCUUCCACCCGCAGGACCCUCUUCAAACGGCCGCGCCCCUUCCCAGCAGCCCCUCGGCCUCUCUGGCUACGCCCCCUUCCCGAUAGCCACACCCCUUCUCUGAAGACCACGCCCCAUUUUAGGGCCACACCCACUACAACCGAUAACCACGCCUCUUUCUUUACGGAACACGCCCCGAGCAUGCGCGGUCUCGCCCCCCAGCCCCUCCCCUCGCGCCGCGGCGGCAGCGUUGCUAUGGGAACGGGCCUGGGAACCUCCGGGGGGACCCGGGGGGACCCCAGGCCUGAGACAUCCCUCCCUUAGAGACCCCCAUAGGGACCCCAGUUGCUGGCCAUGAGGAGACGGGGAGACCAGACACACCGGCAGAGGAUGUCAGCGGUGGCCGUGGAAGAAGAGGAGGUGAAGAGUGUGGAGGUGAAGGCCGAACAGGACGCAGGUGAGGUCCCAGCCCUGGCAGGGGUUGGGGGGCUGCGGGGAACCCCCUGAUGUCCCCCCCAACUCUUUUCUGUAGAGGAAUAUGAAUGCACUGGGAUUCUGGAGGAGGACUUUCCCGAGCUCUGCGCCCGCGCUGGCAUCACUGUUGCCCCCAGGGUCAUCCCCCGGCCACCCCCAAGCUUUCCUGCGGAUGAGGAUGAAACCACCGAGCCCACCCUGGAAGACGUUCUCACCCGCAUCGAGUGCAAAUACAGCUACUACAAACCCUGCAUCCAGGUGGAGAAGGAGCAGGAGGACCCUCGGAGAGUCCGCGCCGUCUUCCUGCGAGGUUGGAAGGUGGAGGAGCCCAUGCUGUGGGUCCUGAGCCGCUGUCUGCCCACCCUGGGCAGCCUGCAGGCAGCGCACCUCUGGAAGGUGGGGCUGACGGAGCAGCAGCUCCCGGCGCUGUCGGCCCUGCUGGCGCGCUGCCCCAGCCUGCGGACACUCAGCUUAGAGGGGAACCCUUUAUUGGAACCGGCCUUCCACUCGCUGAUCGGCAGCGACAGCACGCUCGCCCACCUCUCGCUGCGCCACAACAGCAUUGGGGACGUGGGCGCCCACCUCAUCGGGCAGAGCCUGAGCUCCAACCGCAGCCUCGUCUCGCUCAGCCUCAGCUUCAACCACAUCUCGGACCUGGGAGCCGGCUACAUCGCCGAGGCUCUGCGCUUGAACCGCUCCCUGCUCUCCCUGUCCCUCUCGAGCAAUGACAUCGGUGACGCGGGGGCCACCAGGCUGGCCGAGGUCCUGGCCCCGUUCCCCCUAACGCACGCCGAGGUGGUGCAGCGCCGGCGGCUGCUCCUCGCAGAGGCACUCAGACAUCCCCGCACGAUCCCCAAGGAGACCAAAGGCCAUGGCCAGCAUCCCACCAGCCAUCUCAACAAACCACAACCCACCAAGCACGGCAAAAGCCCGACCAAGAAGAAGGAGCUGCUGUUGAAGGAGGAGGCCAAGCAUCUCAAGAAAUUGCCAGAGCCCAGAAUCAGCCGCAGCAGAGAGGUGAAAGUGGGCAGCCAGGAGAAGCCAAGGCCGGAGGCACCGGAUCCAGCCCCACCACCGAACCCGCUGCUGGAGGAGGCCACACAGCACCAGGGCAGUGUCAUCCUGCUGGGAAACCGGGUGCUCCAUACCCUCAACCUGACCCACAACCGCAUCACCGAGAGGGGCCUCGGCGCCUUCCUGGUGGCACUGGAAGCGCAGCAGCGAGAGAAGCCGAAGGGGCCACGGCAGCAGGGACUGCUGUGCCUCUUGCUGGAGAGAAACCGCAUCCCCGCCGCCAGCCCGGCCCUGGCGCGGCUCCGGGCAUUGGUGCCACUUUCAGAGCAGGUUGCCCACGGCCGGGAAGAGGAGCAGGAAUCGAGAUCGGGCGCUUAGCAGGCCCUGAACACCCAUGGGUGCU